AUGGAAUUCUCUAAUGACGGCAGCUCCAUCUUUCACCGGUUCCAGGCCGCCUUCGUCCACGACGGGCAGGGACAGCUGCUGUACUGCACUGGGCCGCGGAAAGGCUGCGUGCAGGAGCACUGGGACUCGUCCAUCAGCCACAGACUUCCCAGCCAGCAAGUUCAGAAGGCACCAAGAGAAACGACAACAAGUGAAACUGUGUCUGCAAACCUCGAGGGGCCCCUCAAGGGCUCGAGACUCUAUGCGUUGCAGCGGAACGGUCCCAACACGACAGGAUUCAUAAUUGACGUUGCCGCACCUCAACAAAACACCGAGUUUGAUGACUUCUUUGUCCAACUCCUCCUGAACCAAGCCGACUUUGCCAUCCGCGACCACGAGCGGAUAACGUUUGGUACCUCUGCGGUCUCCUCCGCAGACGCCACCGCCGAGAUCGUCAGCCUGUUUGAUACCUUUCUCAGGUAUCAGGGCAAGGACGAUCAGUGGGAAACAAGCGGGAAGGCGCACUUCACGGAGCGUGUCCGGCACUUCACCUCGCAAGACGCUAGAAUCGAGCUCUGCCUGCCCGCCUUCCCCUGUAAAUCGUCAAACACCAACAAAGUACUUGGGAAAGCCCCUGAUCGCGGCGAGAUACUGGCUCUGGAGCGGCUUCAUGGUUUUGUGGAGGCCAUUGAGAGGGUAUAUGAGCCCGGUGCCAAGUUGUGGAUCAUUAGCGAUGGUCACGUCUUUAGCGAUUGCAUCGGAGUUGACGAUGAAGAUGUCGACAUCUACGGCGAGCAGUUGAAGGAGAUGAACCGCGCAAUCGGCGUCAGCAGAGGCAGCACUGACAGGAUCGGCUUCAAGUCACUCGUCGACCUCUUUGAACUCAAGGAGUCCAAAUCUCAGGGCCAGCACAAGCACAACAAGCUCUCGUCGCUGUCGACGGACCUCGGUAUACCCGGCAUCGAGCACCACGUCAAGACAGAGGUGACGAUGGAGGCCGAGCUCUGCAGACGGAUCCUCAUGGCCGGCUGCCAGCCUCAAGAGUCGGCCGUGCGGGCCAAGAUCAAGUCCCAGAACCCGGCCAUUCUGGCUCUGUAUCGCGGAUUCUCGCGUUUCAUGCUGGAGGAUCUUGAGCUUCACCCUUUUACCCUGGGCAUGACCCGGAGUCAGAGGAAGAAGCUGUCGCCCAAGGUGGCGUUUGAGAUGAUUAUGAGAAACCAAGCGUACUCUAAUCUGGUUGAGCUGCUUCUUCCCAACCACGUCCGUCUGUCCAUUCACGCCCACAACAACGCCGGUCCCAAAUUCGGGAUCCAACUCUUUGACCCCGCCGUUGUCCGCGCAGUCGAGGGCCUCUUGCCGGACGGUACGCCCAUGACCUCCCGCGACUUGCUCCACAUCCCCACGCCGUGGCACAACUGCGUCGUCGAGGUGGAGGGCAGCCCGUAUCUCCUCGUGACCAAGGCCAGUGUCCCGCGCCAGGCGCUGAGUCUGGGCGCGGUGACUGGUGAGGCAUCUACGGGAAAAUAUCCCUGCUUCGUCCUGCGGCCGACGAAAAACAGCGCUCCAACCUCCAAGGGGAAUGAAGGGGAGAGGAAGGAAGAGGUGGUGGAGGAGGGCCCCGUGGUGGUUGAACAGAAACCUAUCAUUGCCCCUGCGCCAGUCCCGACUCAGAGGCCUAGGGCUGCUGCAAAGACCAAGGGACGAUUCGACUGGAUUCGGAGGCUGGCUGCGUUCCCAGUCAUCGGCUGGCUGGGAUUGAUUUUCUAUCACCGCUUUGUGGAUACGUUUGUUUGA